CGCCUUCAUCGAAAACCCUCUGGCGAGGAGGUGAAGCAGGAGCAGUAGACGAGGCAUUCAAGUGGCUAACGGGGAAUUUGAUGUCUAUUUAUUAAUUAGGGCCCCGUGACGUGGAGACGCGCUUGUUUAACGGCGCGCAGUUCUAGCAAAGUGUAAUCUAUUUGAGUAUUUAGCAGACGUCGUUGUCCCAUAAAACUUAAUACAGCGUUCCAAUCCGCACCAGACGUGAGUCAACAGAGACUCAGAUUUAGAUACAGAUUCCAUAGCAUUUGCUAUGUCAUCCACGGGCACCGACAGCACCAAGCUGGGCGAUGUGGGCCUGAUUGAGGUGCAGCUGGAUAGCCUCGACUCGAGUCACAAUUUCGCCAAUUCGAAUGGCGGCACACCCAGGACCAAAACGCUGCCAGAGCAACAGCAACUCCAGCGGCAACAGCAAAAGAAUGUCUUCAAAUCCAAAGUGUUCAUCAUAGCCGUUAGCUUCUCCGCGGUGCUAAUGAUUGCCAUGUGCAUUGGCUUUCUGGUUCAUUACGAGUUUGCUGGCGAUGUUAGCGACAUGGAAACGGUUUCAUAUUGGCAUGUUACCUUGCCCAAGGAGCAGCAAGAGUGGUACGAUCGUGGCAUCAAUGAGCUAAAGGUCGCCUUAAAUCGGGAGCUGAAUCGACGGCGGGCCAAGAAUGUGAUUCUCUUUGUGGGCGAUGGCAUGGGCCCGAAUACGGUGACAGCAUCGCGGAUCUAUGGCUACAAAGAGGAAGGUCUACUCAGUUGGGAGCGUUUUCCACAUAUGGGUCUGCUGAAGACCUAUUGUGCGAAUAAACAGGUGCCCGAUUCCUUUUCCACGGCCACCGCUCUCUUUGGCGGCGUCAAGGUCAACUAUGAGACAGGCGGCGUUGAUGCCACAGUACCAUUGGGCAACUGCAGUGCCUCGUUGCAGGAAGCGCACCAUGUCCAGAAUAUUCUCAACUGGGCUCAAGCGGAUGGCAUGCGCACAGGUUUUGUGACGACGACACGUGUCACGCAUGCUACGCCCGCUGCGCUCUACGCCCAUGUGCCGGAUCGUCGCUGGGAAUGUGAGUCAGUCAUGCCAGCGGAGGCGCAGCAGCAGGGCUGCAUGGAUAUUGCCAGGCAGCUGGUGGAGACGAAAACGGGACAACAGAUCAAUGUCAUCAUGGGUGGCGGGCGCCAGAUGCUCAUCUCGAAUGUAACCGGCACAGACAGGGAUCCGCUGGACACGUGGGCAGGCCACUCAGCCGAUGGGCGCAACCUUAUGCAAGACUGGGCACAGCACAAAUUCGAUCAGGGCCAAUCGCAUGCGGUGAUCCAAAACAACGGCGAGCUUAGAUAUUUGGAUACGGCCAACGUAGACUAUGUGCUGGGCAUCUUUGCCAAUGGGCACCUCAAGUACGAUCAUGAACGGGAUGCCAGCGAUGCAGGAAUGCCAUCCUUGACGAAUAUGACGCUCAAGGCGCUCGAGGUGUUAGGAAACAGUGAUAAAGGAUAUCUGCUUGUUGUGGAGGCCGGCAUGAUCGAUCAGGCGCACCAUCGUGGGAAUGCGCGCAAGGCUCUGAGUGAAGUGCUGGCCCUAAACGAAGCCGUGCAAGCGGUGCAGGCGCAUCUAAAAGCCAAGGAUCAACUGGACGAGACGCUGAUGAUCGUGACUGCCGAUCAUUCGCACAGUUUGACUAUCAAUGGGCAUCCAGAACGAGGCGCUGAUAUAUUGGGCCUUGCUGGUAAUUCGAAGACGGAGGAGACGCCCUAUACAACGCUCACAUAUGGCACCAGUUACCAGGGCUUUCAGGUAGAUCCGCAGCGUAUGAUGCGCCAGAAUCCUGCGCUCAGCGAUACGAGAGAUUGGGAAUACACGCAGCAGGCGGCCAUCAAUACAAAUGAGAAUCUGCACGGCGGUUCCGAUGUGACUAUACAUGCGCGUGGUGCCAUGUCGUAUCUGUUUCACGGCGUGCAUGAACAAAGUUAUGUGGCGCACGUUAUUUCCUAUGCGCUACGUAUUGGACGCUUCCGUGAUAGCACAAUUGCCGAAUCGUUAGCGGAGUUGAUGCCUUUGUAGUUUAAAUCUUAGCAUAAUUUAUCUUUUUUUCGACCCCCUAUAUUACAUAUUGUGAUAAGCUGUUUCUGUUUUUUAGUCUAAAUAAUAAUAUGCACG